AAUGCGAUCAUUUGCAUAAUAAAUACGUGCAUACAUGAGGCGAUGUGAAUUAUUUCCAAGGAGACGCUAGAGAAGAGAAACUACCUCUAGGACCCAGUUUGUGUUCCCCUCAGCCUUUGUAGUUUGUGUGCGCGUGUGUCUCAAUGUGCUGCUCGCUUAUCACGAUUCACGUCGAGAGCACAAGAUGGUGAUGCACAAGACCUUUUGAAACCAGCAUUACUUGUUUUGUUUUUCCUCCUUUUUCUUUUAUUCCCACCUUCAUUCCACCUCCGCGUGUCCAUCAGUUAAUUGCCUCAUCUGAGCCACGAUGGGAGCUCGAGCAUUCCAUCUGAGUGGGACUACGAUUGGUUUGCUCUCAUGACACACUUCCCUCCAUUCAUCACAUCGGGAACUGAGAGCUGUGAAUUGUCUUUAAGUUUCUCCCCUUUUCACCGUCGACGAUUGUAGCUGCCGUGGGGACGUUGUGCGCUUAAGUGGGCGUCCUGCUCGUGUCAGUGUUGAAGCAGCAAUGUGGAGCGGCAAGAGCGCGCCUCUGCUCCUCUCCUGCCUGGCGCUCAUGGCUUGGUGGAUUACCAGAUCAGUAAACGCAGACGCCACAUCUAAUCCCUUCCAAACCAACAUCACCCUGUUCACUCGCAUUCUAGACAGCCUGCUUGAUGGGUACGAUAACCGUCUCCGUCCUGGUCUUGGAGACCGAGUAACUGAGGUGAAGACAGACAUCUUCGUCACUAGUUUUGGACCUGUUUCAGAUACAGAUAUGGAAUACACCCUUGAUGUUUUCUUCAGGCAGGCCUGGAAGGAUGAGAGAUUAAAAUUUCACGGACCAAUGAAGAUUUUACCUCUCAACAAUCUGAUGGCCAGUAAAAUCUGGACCCCGGACACUUUCUUCCAUAAUGGGAAAAAGUCUGUGGCUCAUAACAUGACCAUGCCUAAUAAAUUACUGAGGAUUAAAGAUGAUGGGACGUUGCUGUACACGAUGAGGUUAACCGUGCAUGCAGAGUGUCCGAUGCAUCUGGAGGAUUUCCCCAUGGACUUUCACUCCUGUCCACUGAAAUUUGGGAGCUAUGCCUACACAAUCACAGAAGUGACUUACGCUUGGACUCUGAAUGCCUCUGAUUCUGUAGUAGUGGAAGGUGAAAGCUCGCGUCUGAAUCAGUAUGACUUACUUGGACAAACGGCGGGGCAGGAAACUAUUAAAUCAAGCACAGGUGAAUACACCGUGAUGACAGCUCAUUUCCAUCUGAAGAGGAAGAUUGGCUAUUUUGUCAUCCAGACGUAUCUCCCAUGCAUCAUGACUGUCAUCCUCUCCCAAGUGUCUUUCUGGCUGAAUAGAGAAUCAGUGCCGGCGAGAACAGUCUUUGGGGUAACCACCGUGCUCACGAUGACAACGCUGAGUAUCAGCGCUCGCAAUUCUCUUCCCAAAGUUGCGUACGCCACCGCCAUGGACUGGUUCAUCGCUGUCUGCUACGCGUUUGUCUUCUCUGCUCUGAUUGAAUUUGCCACAGUCAAUUACUUUACCAAGCGCGGCUGGGCCUGGGAUGGAAAGAGCGUUGUGAUGGACAAGAAAAAAGAAAGAGCAUCUGUGAUCAAGAAGAACAACGCCUAUGCUGUAGCAGUGGCCAAUUAUGCGCCCAAUGUCACCAAGGACUCCAGCACGCUUCCAACUAUUGCCAAAGGAGGCACUUUGGAAUCCAACAAGGCAAAAGGAGAUGGCAAAAUGCCAGAGAACAAGAAGACGUUCAACAGUGUGAGCAAAAUUGACAGGAUGUCAAGGAUUUUGUUCCCCGUUCUCUUUGGUUCCUUCAAUCUAGUUUACUGGGCCACCUACUUAAACCGAGAACCCGUUAUCAAGGACAUGGUGCCCUCCACUUAGAAGCCAGCAUGAACAUGUUCUGGUUGGGAGAGCCCAGAACCAAAUACCUCCAGCAACUACUUUUUGCAGAGUGAUGUCGUGGAUUGCAAUGUGAUCCUCUCGCUCUGCUUAUUUUCUACACCAUUUGCAGCACUUUUGACAACUGUCUUUUGUAAAUGUCAUCUAUUUAUAUUCUAUUUUCAUUGUGUGAUGACUUCAAUUAAAAUGUGUAUUUCCUUCAAAAUAUGUUUCCAGUUUAGGUGUGUGACCACUGUUCUUACAAUAUCCAUAGAAACUCAAACACCCAAUCAUUUUAGAUUACUUCUGUAUAUGUUUUAAUUUGUUGUAAUUAACACCGUUUGCUUGGUGUUGCUGUAAAUCAUUUUCUUUUGAGUGAAAUUGACUGAAUGAAUAUGUUGGGGUUUUCUUUGACUGUUUUCCGUUUAACCAUUUAAAAUUGGGUUCGCUUUUCUGUCCAAGCCGAUGCAAAAAUCCAGUUGUAAAGCAUUGUUCCACAAUAAAUGUUUUAUUAUCGCUAACUAUUGGUAUGGGGCUCCAAUUUACAUACACUUAAACAGGCUCAGUGUGUUCAAAGUUGAAAAUAUUUUGUUACUUGAUCACUUUAAACAUUACUCUAAAAAUUUAAAAUAAAUAUGUAUGUUCAAAGUUGUGAUUCUAUGGUCUUAGGAUAGAAUUCCAUAUAUGGCCACUAAGGGAGUUAUGGGUGCAGGAAAAUGCAAUACAAGUUACAGAUUUAUUUUUUUUUUUUUGUCAAAGAAAAAAAGAUAGUAAUAAUAAUCUUAAAAAUAAAAUAAGGGUGUGUAAGGUGGACAUUUUGGUGAUAGCAAAAAGAUGGCAAAAAUCCUCGUUUAUAUUAACUUGGCUAUCACCAGUUAACUUUUGUUUUAAAGGCUUUGUCUUUCUAUCAAGUAUUAUUUUGGAGGUGGUAUAUAGUUGUAUUUUAAGGUGUGAGACUAAAUCAAAACAGUACAUUUAUAAUAUUGUUGGUAUAAUAGGUAGGAUAAAACAUUUGUGAUGUAUCUGUUUACUUAGAAUGUUAGUUUAUACUCUAAAUCCUGCAGUUGAAAUUAAAAGACUUUCAGAUAAAGUGGAAAUAAAAGUGUCAGUUUUGUUAUGUGGGGCUCAAAGUCCUUUUCUCGCAUUGUAAGCCUAAUGGGAGAGGAUGGAGGGACAGUGUUAUUGUGGUGCGUGUGUGUGUGCGCCAUUUCUCAGAGAAGGUCUAAUGUUUGCUGAAGAGAAAUAUUCUUCGCCCCAUAUCAGUAGCCAUUCGUUGUGUGUUACCCUUCAGUCAUUUUCUUCAAUGAUUUUUUUUUUUCCAUUUUUUGAUUUGGUAAAAUGUUGCAUGGCAUACAAGUCUUGCUUGGUUUCUUAUUGUGUAUUGCCCAAUGUUCCCCUUUUGGAAACUUAUUCGUUGUCAUCUUUUUAAAAAUUCUAAUAGAUUCUAGAAUGAUUGUUCACAAGAUUGAUGCUUGAUUCAGUGCUCAAUUUCUAAUAAAGCAUAUCACCUG